AUGCGCAAGGCCCUGAUAGCCAGGUGGAUCUCGAGUCUUCCCGACAUUUCGAUCUUUCGAAUAAUAACCACUUCCAUGACCAAAACCUGGCUAAUCACCGGCGCAUCGUCCGGUCUGGGCGCCGCGCUCGCUCAUCAUGUCAUCCGCGCAGGCCAUAAGGUUGUCGGUGCGGUGCGGAAUAUAGCCAAGGCGCAGCAGACCUACCCUCAUUCCGAGGAGCUGGGAGGCGCGUGGGCGCAACUCGAUGUGACAGAUGCCAAGACAAAGGAGCAUGUCGCACGCCUCUCUCGCGAGCAUGAUGAGACCGAAAUUCAUCAGCAAAUCGACACUAACCUCUACGGCCCAAUCCGCGUCAUCCAGGGUUGUCUGCCCUCCAUGCGUGAGAAGAAGACUGGAUGCAUCGUCAACAUCUCCAGUGUCGCGGGCCUAAUCGGACGUCCCGCCACUGCGUUAUAUUCCGCCAGCAAGUUCGGGCUCGAAGGCCUUUCGGAAAGUCUAGCAAGCGAGCUGGGCGAAUUUGGCAUUCGAGUGUUGGUCGUCCAGCCUGGUGGCUUCCGGACCGGGUUUCUCUCCGCGUAUGUGAAACCCGCGGCGGGAUUGAACCCAGCGUAUGAGGGGAAAGCGCUGGGCCAGGCGAUGCAGCGCUACGACACGGCCGACGGCACGCAGCGGGGCGAUCCGGAGAAGGCGGCUGCGCGGAUAUUGAUGCUGUCGAGCAGCAGGGUCUCUGCGCGGAGGCGGCUUCGUACCUUCGGAUGCCGCUGGGGUCGGAUUGUUAUGCGGUGCUGCGAGCCAAGGUCGAUGCGCUGA